AUGGACAAGGCGAUGUUGGCUUUAUCGAUUAAAGACGAUGACGAUGUUCCUUUUGAUAUGCCCGAUCUUCCUCAAUUCUACUCUUUUAAGAGGAAUGCAAACAGUCUCAUCGGUCGUCUUCUCAACCCUUCUCACCAAAAUAUGGCUAGUCUGAUCCUUGAUAUGCCAAGGAAAUGGCAGAAACAAAACAGGGUUAGAGGUGUUGCUCUCACUGAUGAAAGAUUCCAGUUCAUCUUCAACCAUGCAUAUGAUCUAGAAGAAGUUCUGGAAAAAGGCAUGCAAACAUAUAAUGAAUGGGGUCUCGCGAUUGAUCGAUGGAUGGAAAACCCCCCACCUGAUUAUCUUCAACACGUCCCGAUCUGGGUUCAAAUCAAGAACAUUCCGGUGAAUCACUACACUGAAGCUGCGAUCACUACAAUUGGAGAACUUAUUGGACAUGUGGAUACUGUCGCUUUCGAUCCAACGAAAUCUCAGAGGCAUGACUUUGUCCGGGUCAAAAUCAUCCUUGAUGUCUCAAAACCUCUAAGCAAACUCCGAACUAUCAACCUUCGUGGAGGACAACAACCUCCUGGAUCUCUCUCUGAAAAAGAUCCAUUGUUUGGGAUUUUAUCUGAUGAUCAAGUUAGGAUUCAUCCCAUUUCUGUGAGACCUCGUAUCGCUCCAGAAGUGCUACAAGAAAUGCGAAUCUAUUUACUAGCGGCUAAUGGAGAAGAUAGGAGCGUCAAAGAACAAAGAAUCAUUUCUUCGAUCAAGGAAGUAGAGAAGGAUCCAAUUUCGCAAAAGUCAAUCCUACAACUCAUACCUCCUCCAAUUGUUACCGAUGAUUUAAACAGAGGCAAAGGUCUUGUCUUUGAAUAUGAUUCGGACUCUUCACCACAAUCUUUACCUCAAGACAAUCGUGGUACUAAACUCAUGUCUGCGGCAAUCUCUGCUGGCCGCUCUCUUCAUAUUCAGCCUCAAGCUCAUGGUACCACAAGGAAAAGACUCGGCAAAUACAUAAGGAAAGCUAAAGUUCAAGACAAGAACCAAGAUCAUCUCUCCAAAGAAGAUUCUCAAGCUUCAAAAGAGAAGCUGUCUCUGAAAAGGAAAGCAGAAAAAGAACUGGCGGAUGCACCCAAGCCUUCAAAGCUUAAAACAUCGUUGAUGGUCCCAAAUGAGGGACCGUCCAAGGCUUAA